AAUCAAAGCAGUCUUUCCUAAAAUUGAAAACGAAAAUCAAAAUGAAACACAACGGUAAAGGUAACUGAAGGCAGUAAGAAAUCAGGAAAAUGAAGUCGUUGCGGAAACGAAAGCGGAAACGGAAGUGGAAACGAAAGUGGUCGAAGUUAGGAGUCUAGUGGUAGAUGGGCUUGUGAAACGGAUAGGGUGAUCCGUUGAUCACUUUCAGAUAGUGCUGCAGCUGCGAUAUCUCUUCAUCGUCGAUCAGCAGCACCUUUAGGCAAUCCCCGAAGGUCUCGUGGACGAAACAAUUGGCCCUGCAUCGAAUAGACAAGAAACACAGAUGUAGGACUCGCACAGAGGGAAGUCAAACGAAAAGAAAUCUAAAGUUAUAGCUUGCCCUUGCCAUGGUGUCCAUGAUGUCCAUGAUGUCCGUGGCCGUGACCACCGCCACCUCCGCCAACCGCCACGGGCUUGACCACCACCACCGGCUUCACAAUCACCGGCUUUAUGAUCACUGGCUUUGGUUUCACGAACUUGGAGAGCAGCUGGCUGGGAUCCUUGAGGAUAGCGGGCUUGGGCGGCAGUUUGGCGAGCAGCUGGCUGGGAUCUGGGAGAGCUGGUUUGGAUUGCGCGAUUUUGGCUAGUAAUUUAGAGGGAUCCUUGAGAAAGUCCGGCUUUGGCGGUAGCUUGGCUAGCAACUGGCUGGGAUCCGGCAGCGCUGGCUUGGUUUUCUGGAUGGUGAUCGUGGCCUGGGCGCAGACACACAGGCAAGCUCCGAUGACCAGGAGCAGCAGGUGCCUCUUGAGAAGAUCCAUGGUGAGUGUGCCUCCCCAUCAAAGAUGGCAUCUAUUUAUGCUGAAUGGUGCUGACUUGCGCUCAUUGGCAUGCAACUGGUGGCCCAAUCUCGGCGAGCUUUUAUUCAAAUUGGACGAAAUCUUCUACGGCAGGCGGCGGCAUUCCACGCGUUCUGUCGGAAGAAUUCCCCGAUUAAAUGGACAACAGCGUUAUACUGAUAGACGAUUCACAAAACAGCGUGGUGAUUGUGGAUGACGACGUGGAAGAUGGGGAGCUGGAAGACGAUGUGGUGUUCGUCUGUCCCGAAGAAUUGACCAGAAAAGAGAUCGAACCUCCAACCGACAAAAUUGAGGAAAAACACUCAAAUACAUCGAUUCAGGACACCACCGAGGAAGAUGGGGAUAGCCUGGUCUUCGAAGUUCGAUUUAACAAGGAAGCGCACUUCACCAGUCUGCAGCAGCAAGUGCUCGUCGCCUUGGAAGGCGCUUUUGCAGACAAGCAAAUUGUGUUCCGGGACAACCCACAGGAACUAAUGAUAUCAGCCUUCGAAAGAAGUAGGACCUUGCCAGAGGAGGAGCCCCAAGACCUCUUCCUGAUCGACACUCAGCCAGCGGCCAAGCUGAAUGCCGCAAACGUUCCCUCCUACAAGCGCUGCAAUGCCGACAUCCUGGACGAGCAGACGGAAGAACGGAAAAAACUGAAGGCAGAGGCGGUCAACAAGUGCUUUCGACCCAAGGCGCAGUCGUCGUGCUUCAAUUGCGGCGACACAGAGCACUCCCUACGCGACUGUACCAAGCCAAGAAACAAUUCAAGGAUAACGCGCGCUCGCAAAAAGAUGACCAGCCGCACAGAGCGCUAUCACGUCGAUACAGAGCAGCGGUUCGGUCACAUACGCCCCGGCAAGAUCAGCACUAAGACGCGCCAUGCCAUGGGCUACAGUCGCGGCCAGUUGCCCUUCAUUUUCUACCGCAUGCGAGUGCUGGGCUAUCCGCCUGCUUGGCUGGAGGAGGCAAAGGUGCAGAGCUCGGGCAUAGCUCUGUUUAAUGCAGAUGGCUCGGAGGUUACAAAAUCCGACGAGGAAGAGGGAGAGUCCGAAACCUUUAAAUACGACGUCAACAAAAUAGUGGAGUAUCCCGGCUUCAACGUCCAGCCUAAGGCCAAUUGUUUCGACGAUUUUAAGCACCACAAUGUACCGCCAUUCCAAGAGAGCCAGUCCAAGGAGAACUUCAUUAAAUCGUUGGGCGAAAACGUGAUCAACGGUUACAAGCGCAAGAAGCUAGUGGAUUUGCCUGCUCCACACGACCGUGUUCCCGCUCCCAGCGAGUUGCUGACCAGCUUCGAUGACUACGACAUGGAACUAGAAGAGGAAACAGAGGACCCUCCACUGCCACCAUCAGUGCCCCCGCCGCAACCACCUCCGCCCGAAGAGUGCGAAGAUGGCGAACUGACAGCGCGCUCGCCAUCUCCAAGCCUGGAAGAUUUGAAGGCCCAGCAGGAGGAGCUCCUCCAAGAGCUGGAUGUUAAUGCGUCGCAUAACACGACAGCGAAUGAAUCGAAAUCACCAACCGACCUGGAUGACACGUCUGAGACGGAGGUUGGUCCAUCUGCUGCCGAGUCCGGAAAUAAUGAGCAGUCCCGAUCAGCACCCUCGACUCCCUUUAAGGCGUCUUAUGAGGGCACGCCUUUGCUGAAAUUCUCCGUUUACGACAGACUGCCUGUGGGCAGCAACUUUAAGGUGGGCGUCAGCGAUGUGAUCAACUUUGAAAACCUGCCCGACUCCACGGGAAAGUACGAACAAAUGAAGGAUCUGCUAAAGAACGUACGCGAAAAGAUGGUGAAACUGCAGAACGAGAACUGACGAGACCAGGGAGACGGCAAUACAAACCACAUCAAUUCCCGCCCACCAUAUGUACAUUUUAAAGAUUUUAAAGCCUCUUGUACAAAGGAAAUACACAAGGAAAGCGGUUAGUUUUCCAAAGUCUUUU